UUCGAUGAUGGAGGCGCCUAUUGCGGGGGCUGGGAAGGGGGCAAAGCCCACGGGCACGGCAUCUGCACCGGCCCCAAGGGCCAGGGCGAGUACUCGGGGUCCUGGAACUACGGCUUUGAAGUGGUGGGCAUAUACACGUGGCCCAGUGGUAACACCUACGAAGGCUACUGGUCCCAAGGCAAGAGACAUGGCUUAGGAAUCGAGACCAAAGGACGGUGGGUUUACAGAGGCGAGUGGACCCAUGGCUUUAAGGGACGGUAUGGCGCGAGGCAGAGCAUGAGCAGCGGAGCCAAGUAUGAAGGUACCUGGAACAACGGCCUGCAGGAUGGCUAUGGCACCGAGACGUACGCUGAUGGAGGCACGUACCAAGGCCAGUUCACCAACGGCAUGCGGCACGGCUACGGCGUGCGGCAGAGCGUGCCCUACGGCAUGGCCUCCGUGGUCCGCUCCCCGCUGCGCACCUCCCUCUCCUCCCUGCGGAGCGAGCACAGCAAUGGCACCCUGCCCCAGCAGGACUCCCCCGCCGCCAACCCUGAGAACCUGCCCCUCUCGCCCACCAUCACCCGCGGGGGCUUCGCCCUCAGCCUCUAUGCAGAGGUGGAGGCUGGCAAGCCCAAGAAGGGGGGGCUCUUCCGCAGGGGCUCCUUGCUGGGGAAGCUGAAGAAGUCCGAGUCCAAGUCGUCCCUGGCGAGCCAGAAGAGCCGCGUCAGCUUCCUCAAGAGCGAGAGCGGGAUCAGCUCGGCUGCCAGCGACGCCACCUCCACCGUCAGCCUGGGCGAGGGUGCCGAGGGCGAGGAGUACCCCCCCUUCGAGUCCGACAUCGACGCCACCACCACGGAGACCUACAUGGGCGAGUGGAAGAAUGACAAGCGCGCUGGCUUCGGCGUCAGCGAGCGCUCCAGUGGGCUGAAGUAUGAGGGCGAGUGGGGGGCACCUGCGGACCGGCGAUUGGACAACCGGCGGCACGGCUAUGGCUGCACCACGCUGCCUGACGGCAAGAAGGAGGAGGGCAAGUACCGUCACAACGUCCUCAUCAAGGGCAUGAAGAAGCGUGUGAUACCCCUCAAGAGUGCCAAGAUCCGGCAGAAGGUGGACAGGAGCGUGGAGGGGGCUCAGAGGGCUGCGGCCAUCGCCCGGCAGAAGUCAGAGAUUGCGGCAUCCAGGUAG